AUGGUCAGCUCCUCAGCCAAUCGUCAAACCUUUAUCACUUCCCUACGCAAUUUCAUGCAGACAUACGGCUUUGAUGGCGUCGAUAUUGACUGGGAAUACCCUGCUGCCAACGAUCGAGGCGGUGUUGCAGCCGAUUUCGCCAACUUCCCAAUUUUCCUUGCUGAAUUGAGGGCUUCAUUCGGUAGCGGAUUGGGAAUCAGUACUACACUUCCAUCUUCAUACUGGUACCUUCAGCAUUUUGAUGUUGUUAACAUGGAGGCUAGCGUCGACUGGUUCAACUUCAUGAGCUACGACAUCCAUGGCGUCUGGGACUCGAGCAACAAGUUCACGGGGCCUUAUAUCCGCCCGCACACCAACCUCACUGAAAUCAACGACGGCUUGUCCCUGCUGUGGAGGGCAGGAGUUGAUUCAUCUAAGGUUGUGCUUGGACUGGGGUGGUAUGGACGCUCCUUUACGCUUGCUGAUUCGUCCUGCACCACUCCCAAUGGCGUAUGCCAGUUCACUACCGGAGGUAAUGUAGGGGAGUGUACGAAAUCAUCCGGAACGCUUUCAAACGCCGAGAUUAAACGUCUUCUGGCGGCCGGAACAGGAACUGAAUCCUAUGAUGCCACUGCAGGAGUCCGUUGGCUCACCUUUGAUUCGAACCAGUGGGUGAGCUUUGACGACGGUGUGACAAUGCAGCAGAAGAUAUCCUUUGCUAAUAACCUGUGCCUUGGGGAUAUCAUGAUUUGGUCAAUCGACCAGAACAACACAGCUGGCGAUAGUAUGAACGACUUGAUGGGCAUCGGUACAGCGAACGGGGUUUCAGAGGCAGCGGCCGCUUUAUACAAAGAACAGAUGGCCAAUGCUUCAUUACAGAACGCUGUUGCCUCUAGUUGCUACUGGUCACUCUGUGGAGGGACUUGUACAUCUGGGUAUUUCGACGCAACUGCCGCCCGCGGUCAAAUUGCUGGCUAUCAGCAGAAUCCCGUUUGUGAUACGGACGAGGUCCAGACACUAUGCUGCGCCCCAGGAACUUCGAUGGGCACCUGUCAAUGGGAGGGUUUCAGAGGAGUGGGAAUGCCUUGCUCGCCAGCAUGCUCCGACCCCGACGCCACAAUCGUCGCCCGUAGUACAAACUCGUAUCAACUCAACGAUGGAGGGCAGCUUCAAGACCUGACCUGCACGGGUGGAUAUCAAGCAUAUUGCUGCACUAGAUUCGUCCCUUCCUCGAUCACCAAUUCAGGCAACCUCUUGCUCUAUGGGACGUCGACGACUGUGCUCAGCAAGCGAGGCGGUUCUGCUCAUAGUCUGAGUCUCUAUACAGGUGGCCAUGCCAUUGACAAACGUGGUAUUCCCUUGAUAUUCGCUGAGUUGGCCGCUCUUUACAUCGCUGACGUUAUCCCGUCCGCCUUGGGAGCAGUGUUGACUUUCGGGCUAUCCCUUAUUUCGGAGGGGGCACUGUGCCUUACUGCGGCCGCUGCCGGUAUCGCUACCGCUGCUAUCAUCGGCUUUUCAAUUAUUUACAACAUAGUUGGGUGGCUUUUCGGCGGAUCCAUGUCUACACCCAAUGUUGGCGUCCCAACAACAGUCACGGGCCGAACUGCGUAUGGCCAGUGGUCGAUUCUCGACUUUAACGGCGGUGACACGUCAACUAGCUGCGAUUGUGAGGUUACAUAUACGUGCCGCUAUAGCAUAGGUUGGGAUGAGAAAAAGCAGCGUAUAGCGGCAUACCUAAGUGCAGCACAGCAAAAACCAGCUGGAGAAACCCAAUGGCGAUGUCAGGUUGAUGAGUUUCCUAUGGGCGACCUAAAGGAAUCUAGAAAGAACGCUCCGCAGAUUUGUCGUCUAGUCAAUGGUCCUGCGAAUCAAAGACAGGGCGGUGAUUACUCGGCUUGGAAGAGGGCGCAAUGGAGACCUUGCUCGACCUACCGCUCUAGCAAGUGCAAGAUUGCUGACGAUGGGCCACCUGUAACCUGGGAGCUCGGGCCGCUACCCGCUGGUCGUGGUUCUGGCAAUGCAAAGCACUUCAUAGAUGCUUAUGGCUUCGAUGAUCAAACGGCAAACUCGCUUUUCUGGGCUAUAUACACUUACACCGACCAAGGUGGAGUUAUCAGCACCUCCACGCCUGUUGAUCAUGGCUUCCGCGUUCUUGACGAUGGCCCUAUGUACGGUAAUGCGUAUGGAUGGCCUCGACAGUCCUGGGAAGUCAAUCCAGCCCCGAUAGCCAGCGCUCAAUACCGACCUUUUGACUCUCAACCAUCAGUCUUCCAAAGAGACUUUGUCGGAAACGACAUAUUGUAUGAGGAUGAUAGCGACCCUGCCGGCGUCUGCCACGCCGACCUUAGAUCACUUGGAAAUGGCAAAAAGGAUGCCAUUCUCGACCUUGACUAUGACAAUCUCCUCUUUGAUGGCGACCCACGCGCAGAAGUGCGUAUUAUCUUGGACGAGCAUGGUAAUGUCGUUGAUAUGUAUAUGGGCGACCAAGGUGCCGGGUCGUGGACGAGGGAACCAAUUAAAAGCUCUGAUCCGGACAGGGUGACUGUUGAUCCCACCACUGUCACUAUUACGACGGGUGGUGCGCCAGGCAGCGAGUCCCGACCUAUGCACGCGCUGCGAGUACGACUGGGUCUGAGACAAGAUCGGCAGGCGUUUUGA